AUGCAACGUACUUUGAAAAGCGGCGGCAAGCAGCACCACCGACCGAGCCUAGUGGGCUCUGAGGUCCCCAAAAUUCUCGUGCCAAUCCAAAUUGGACCUCGCUUGCAUGCUGCGUCCGUGCUGCUGCUGCUGCUGCUGCUGCUGCUGCUCAGGGUGACCAUGCCGAUGCUGCCAGCUCACCAGCUGCCCCCGUCCUGCUCGCUCUGA